UUAGUGGCCGACUGUUUAUGAAAACACAAACAAACCUAUUUUCCUGCUGAACAUAAAAUAAUUAUGAAGACAUCUUUAGUAAUAAUUUUUAGUAGUGUAGCGUUAAUUUCGGCCGUUAACGCAAAUCCAAAACCAUGCGGCGCUGGUCCAUUAGGUUUAACGUAUUGUGGAAAAGCAUGGGAAGAUUUCUUUGACUACGAUUACAAUACUGAUAAUACAAACGUCAGAGGUAGAGAUGGAAAUUUACAUAGAGGUGGAAGCUACAAUUAUGCAUUUGGUGGCACUUAUGGAGAUAGAAACAGAGGUGGUACUUUUGGAGCCUAUGGUAAUAGGAGAAGUAGCUAUGGCGAAAAUUUCUACAACGAUUGCACCUAUGGAAGACCAUGCAACGACGGUGGACGCUUUGUUGUAGAUAACAACCAAGAUAAAACAUAUAGUUACGGAGACAACACUAAUGCCAUCAAUAUUGGCAUGAGCAACAAAGUUAAUAAUGGAGGUAUUAACAACGAAGUUGGCACCAAUAAAGGAAGUUGGAACGGUGGUCACACUUCUGAAGUAGACAACGAUGGUAACAAUGCUUCCAAAAUUCAAGCAAAUGACCAUGUUAGUAACGGCAGUAGCAGCAAACAUGAUGAUAAUCUUAAUGGAAAUAUUAUUGACGGUGAUCAAACUAUAGAAGGUGCAAACAGAGGUUUCCAAUAUAGAGAUGGUGGGGGAAGUCAAUUAAUUUCAAAUUUCAAAAAAGGUCACACGUAUGAAGAAGAUAGAAAUAAUGGUAACGAUUUUGGAGGAGACAGUCAAGGAGGAAGUGGAAGUAUAGGAUACAGCAGAGGUAGCGAUAUCGAAAAUUAUUAAGGUGAUAGCAGCAAUGAUGAAAAUAGUCGUCUAGGUGAUAUAUAUGGUGAUUACCAUGUUAAAAAGAAGAAUUAAUGAUAAAUGUCAUAAAAUAAAGUAAUAUAUAUAAUUUGACGCCAGUACCUACGCUGUCCAAUUUUUGCCGCUCCUUUUAAUUCCUUAUUUGACACCCUCGUAAUUAAUAAUAUUAAUUAAAUACAUUUAUUAAUUCAA